CUAAUGCUUCUUCCACUAAUGCAUUUUUUUCUUCUAUUCUUUUUCCCUCCAUCACAAAAAUUUAUAGCAAAAAGAAUUAUUGUAAGGAAUAAUAUCUAUAAAGGAACCAAAGCCAAAAAAGAGUUCAUCAAACUCAUAGCAACAAAUGACAACAAGAAUCUCAAAAUCUUGCUUUCUUCUCUUUCUCCUCCUCGUUCAAGAUCUUUGUCUCGUUCGAGCUUCGUCGAAGCACUCUUGCAAUGGCUCCAUAGCUGAGUGUGGUGGUGAAGAAGAGACGUUGAUGGAGUCGGAGAUAAGUCGAAGGUUUCUCGAACAGCAAAAGAAAUACAUCUCCAUUGGAGCUUUGAAGAAGGAUCACCCAGCUUGUGAUGGUGGUGGCGGUGGUCAACCUUACACUAGAAGUGGAAGCUGCGCUCCACCGCCAGCUAAUCCUUACAAUCGAGGCUGCUCUAAGAUAUAUCGUUGUAGGUCUGACGAUUGAUGGUUCGAUUGUUUUCCCUCCUCUUUAUCUUCUUGUGUUGUUGUUGGUUGAUUAAGGGAUUUGAUUAUGAAUGAAUGGGAUUUCCUUUUUGUUUUAGCACAUGAGAUGAGAAAUGUAAGACAUGUUUGGUUGGAUAUCAUGUUGUCCAGGAUGUAAAGUGACCCAACAUCUUACCUUAUCUUAUCGGAACUUGUUGGGAUUUUUCA